CCCAGCUCCAGCCCCGAUGCUGAGGGCCCCAUCGAUCUGAGCAAGAAGCCGCGGCGGCGCGGCGGAGAGCAGAACGCAGCCACGUUGCUGCCGUUGGCCGACUACCACGAGUGCACGGCGUGCCGUCUCAGCUUUAACAGCCUGGACAGCUACUUGGCCCACAAGAAGUUCUCCUGCCCUGCCACCCCGCUGCAGCCCGGUGCCAUGGAGCACCUCCAGAAGAUCAAAGGGGCCGUGCCCAAGGGACACCGCGACGGCGACGGGGACAAAACGGCCCCAACUGGCACCGCCAAGGCUCUGCCACCCACCUACCCCGCAGUAUCCGUGGGGGAUUCGCGGUACCCUAAAGGUGCCAAAGGGCCGCUUUCUGUCUGCCCCUACUGCCCUCUUAACGGAACCAUCAAGGGGGACCUCAUUGAGCACUUCCGCCACGUCCAUGGGCUCUUUGUGGCUGCGCAUGGUCUCCCCGACACCCCACGGCCC